CCUCUAGCUGCUCAUCUUCACCGUACGCUUCUUCGAUCUAUGCUUCUCUCUCUCUUUCUCUUUAUCUCCCUCUCUAGCUACCUUUCACAGAUUCCAUUGUUACAAUUCUUUCCAAAGGCUAGAAUGUGGAACCCUAGAGUAGCUCAAUUUAGUUAAAAGCUUUGCAGAGAUCUGUCUCCUUUUUUCAUUUUUUGCUGUAUACUUCUACUUUUGUAGCCAUAAGAGCUUUGAAGCUCUAAGCUACAAAGUGAUGGGGAACUGUUGCAGAUCUCCGGCUGCUGUUGCUAGAGAAGACGUGAAAUCGAAUUAUUCCGGCCACGAUCACGGCCGUAAAGACGCCGGCGGUGGUAAAAAAUCAACGCCGAUUCGAGUCCUAAGCGAUGUUCCCAAGGAGAAUAUCGAUGACCGGUACUUGCUCGACCGAGAGCUCGGCCGCGGCGAGUUCGGCGUCACUUACCUCUGUAUCGAGAGGUCGAAUCGCGACCUCCUCGCCUGCAAGUCGAUCUCGAAGCGGAAGCUCAGGACUGCCGUGGAUAUCGACGACGUGAGGAGGGAAGUGGCGAUUAUGAAGCAUCUGCCCAAGAGCUCGAGCAUUGUUACUCUCAAGGAGGCUUGUGAGGAUGAUAAUGCGGUGCAUUUGGUGAUGGAGCUCUGUGAAGGCGGUGAGCUUUUCGAUCGGAUUGUUGCUCGAGGGCAUUACACGGAGCGCGCCGCCGCGGGAGUCACCAAGACAAUCGUCGAGGUCGUGCAACUCUGCCACAAGCACGGCGUCAUUCAUAGAGAUUUGAAGCCUGAGAAUUUUUUGUUCGCCAACAAGAAGGAGAACUCGCCGCUUAAAGCCAUUGAUUUUGGAUUGUCGAUUUUCUUCAAGCCAGGUGAGAAGUUCUCCGAGAUAGUUGGGAGUCCAUACUACAUGGCACCUGAGGUGCUAAAGCGGAACUAUGGACCCGAAAUAGAUAUUUGGAGUGCUGGAGUGAUUCUUUAUAUUCUGUUGUGUGGGGUUCCCCCAUUCUGGGCAGAGUCGGAACAAGGAGUUGCUCAGGCUAUUCUGCGCGGGAUAAUUGAUUUUAAGAGGGAACCGUGGCCAAACAUUUCUGAGACCGCUAAAAGUCUAGUCAGACAAAUGUUAGAGCCUGAUCCGAAACGUCGGCUGACUGCAAAGCAAGUGCUUGAGCACCCAUGGAUUCAGAACGCAAAGAAAGCUCCAAAUGUUCCUCUUGGAGAUGUUGUGAAGUCCAGGUUAAAGCAAUUUUCAGUGAUGAACAGAUUCAAGAGAAAAGCUUUGAGGGUUAUUGCCGAAUUCUUAUCUACCCAAGAAGUAGAAGACAUCAAAGAAAUGUUCAGCAAAAUGGAUACGGAUAAUGAUGGUAUUGUUACCAUCGAGGAGUUGAAAGCUGGUCUUCGCGAUUUUGGUACACAGCUAGCGGAAUCAGAAGUUCAGAUGCUUAUUGAAGCGGUGGAUACUAAAGGGAAAGGAACACUAGAUUAUGGGGAAUUUGUUGCAGUCUCGCUCCACCUGCAAAAGGUAGCAAACGAUGAGCAUCUCCGCAGAGCAUUCUCGUACUUUGACAAGGAUGGAAAUGGGUACAUUUUGCCCCAGGAGCUUUGUGACGCCUUAAAGGAAGAUGGAGGGGAUGACUGCGUGGAUGUCGCCAAUGAUAUAUUCCAAGAAGUUGACACGGACAAGGAUGGGAGAAUAAGCUACGAAGAGUUUGCGGCAAUGAUGAAAACAGGAACGGAUUGGAGAAAGGCAUCUCGUCAUUACUCGAGAGGGAGAUUCAAUAGCCUAAGCAUCAAGCUAAUGAAGGACGGAUCUUUGAACCUAGGCAACGAAUAGCGAACAAAGUAAAGAAGCCGCAUUAGGGUUUUUUUGUGUGUUUGUCUCUCUCACGACACGUCCUCGUUCACGUCAAGUAUUAAGCCAAGAGAAGGUAAACAUCUUGGGGACUCAGAAUUCAAUCUUUUUUUGUAAAUCUUUCGUUUUUCUAUUUUUGGUGAUUUAUUUUAUCUGUGUCCUCUUUUAUUGGUUUGUGGGCUGAGUUGUGUUUGUUUAGUUUGUUGUGGUAGAGGGCAAAAAACACGAGAAUCAAUGUUUGAUGUGUAGAAGAAAAAAAAAACAAAGACCUUUCUGGUAAUGAUGAUGUAAUAUUCUUUCGUUUUUCUUAA